GUUGCAUUGCUGAAGUGAUUGUUGAAGUGCUCUGAGUAACGUUGGCUGGUGAUAACGAACUUUAGUGCGUUUUAAGAAGCAUCUGUAAAGGAACACAAAGGAAGGGCGAUUAUUAGCUCAAUUUUUUAUUUAUUUUUUUCGAAGUUGGUUGUAGUAAUAGAAAGUUUUGUGUUCUUUCCUCUGUGGACAUUGAAGUCUUUUGAUAUUGCAAGCUGUUAACGGAUAACGAGAGACAGACAAAGGUGAUAAAGAGGAAGAAGAGAGAGAGAGAGAGAGAGAGAGAGAGAGAGAGAGAGAGAGAGAGAGAGAGAGACUUGGGAAAGGUUGUAGAAUGCCUUGCCACGAGAUCGAGUUUGGCAUGUUCCCGCUGGAGGAGGUGGAGGAGGACGAGGAGGCGGGCAAACACAUCAAUGGUAACCAGAACACCGACCCUACCAGAUUCUCAGACGGUGCACUACGCCUGCGGAACCCACACAUAAGCGAGAUGGAGCAGGACAUUCUCUACCACUUGGCUCUGGGGUCCGGUUCCCACGAUCUGCAGGAGAUGUUCAGUGACGUGCGCUUCGUUUGCAUGGGAGGGACGCCGAAGAGAAUGGAGCAGUUCGCGUAUUAUAUCAUGGAUGAGAUCGGGUACAAGCUGCCUGCCGGGACAACCUUGCUGGAUAUCUCUUACCAGUCCUACCGGUACUCGAUGUAUAAGGUGGGCCCGGUGCUGUGUUUCUCGCACGGCAUGGGCAUUCCCUCUGUGGGCAUCCUGCUGCACGAGGUUAUCAAGCUGAUGUACCACGCCAAGUGCCGGGACCCCAUUUUCUUCAGGCUAGGCACGUGCGGGGGUAUUGGCAUCGAGGGAGGCAACCUGGUGAUCAGCGAGAGUGCGGUGGACGGUCUGCUGCAGCCUUACCUUGAGCUGCCAGUGUUGGGACAGAUGCAGAGACGGCCCGCUGUGUUGGAUCGCCAGCUGGCCCACGACCUCAAGAACCUGCGACGCGAUGACGACCCCUUCACCGUGACUGUAGGCAAGACUAUGUGCACCUACGACUUCUAUGAGGGGCAGGGCAGGCUGGACGGCGCCUUCUGUGACUACACCGAGGAGGACAAGCUGGCGUUCCUGCGUAAGAUCCACACAGAGAACGUGGUCAACAUGGAGAUGGAGAGCUUGUGUUUCGCUGCGUUGUGUCACCAUGCUGGGGUGCGCGGCGCUGUGGUCUGUGUCACCUUACUCAACAGACUUCACGGGGACCAGGUCUCAACGCCGAAGGAGGUCUUGAACAAGUGGCAGGAGUACCCGCAGAUGCUGGUCGCUCGCUACAUCAAGAAGGCCAUGGGUCUGCCGGUAACCGUGCCCCAGCGAAGCCACCCCCAGGUAGUUAAAUGUCCAAGGCAGGCACAGAUGGUUCGCCAGCAGUCGGCUAGUUUUGAGUGAAGGAUCGGGAAAAGUGACAAAGAGAGAGAGUGUGUGUGUGUGUGUGUGUGUGUGUGUGUGUGUGUGAUGGACUGUAGAUAAAAGUGCAUAAUAUGGUGUUGAUAGCGAUGUGUGGUGGUAGCGAGUGUGUGUGCGGUGGUGUGGUGGUGUGGUGUGUGUGACGCUAAUGUGUGUUGAUAAUAGGAGUAGAAAUGUUAUGAUGCUUUGAAAGAAAAAAAAACAAGUAAGAAUGAUUAUAGGCCAGACAAAAGAACUGAUAUAGAUAAAUAAAUAAAUAAAUAAAAGAAAAAAGGUGAACUGGGCUAGAAAUUGAGGACAAAAUAGAUAAGCCAGUUCCAUAGUUACUUUUUUUUUUUUUUUUUUUUUUUUUUUCGUUUGCUAACCUACUAAAGGAUUUCAGCCGUGACCAGGUUCCAGUGUCAACUUCGCCCUCUGCUUUUGUUUUGGAGGGUAACAAAAAAAAAAAUGAACUGAUGUGUCAAAAGGGCCUAUUCCACUGUUAUUUUUUAUUUAUUUAUUAUUAUUAUUAUUUAUUUAUUUAUUUAUUUAUUUAUUUAUUUAUUUAUUUAUUUUUUUUUUUUUGUAAGGUACCCAACCAAAACGCUUCCUAUGUUAGUAUUCUCCCUGACUAAUUGUGGAAGAAAUUAAUGAAACUAGUCCAGAAUAUGAAAUUGAAAUAGAAAAAGGAGAGAGGAAGAGAUUAAUGGAACUGGUCCAGAAUAAAGAAGUAGGUGAAAAAGGAAAAAUUAAAAGGAAAGAGGAAGAAAUUAAUCUAUCAGGUAUUCACAGACCGAUCUUAGGACGUGUGUGUGUGUGUGUGUGUGUGUGUGUGUGUGUGUGUGAAUUAAUCUAAAAU